GCGCAGUGCCCGCUGGCGAGAACGCGCAGAAGAAAGAGGCUGUGACGCGAGUUAUGCGCGACGGCGCGAGCUGAAGGACAGCGAGUGUGGAUUAUUAAUAUCAUUAUAUUAAUGUUUUGAGUGAGUGGACCUACAGUUCGCGAUUGAGGAUGAGCGUCGGUCUGCUGUCACGCGCACUGAGCGCGCUCUCUGUGUCGCGCGCCGCCUCACCUCAGAUCGCGAGUGUGUCCGGUGUGUCCGCGGCUCUGACCGGAAGUCGCGGCUUCAUGACGAGCGCGUGUGAGUGUCAGAACCGGAGCCUGUGGAAGCAGAGAGAGAAGUACACCGUGCGACCGAUCGGCAUGAAGAAGACCGGGGGACGAGAUUACACAGGGAGGAUCGUGACUCACGGUAUCGGCGGCGGACACAAGCAGCGCUACCGUAUGAUCGACUUCCAGCGUCUGCGCUACGAGCCGGGCCGCGAGGACCAGCCCAUCGUGGAGAAGGUGGUGGAGGUGCGGUACGACCCCUGCAGGUCAGCUGACAUCGCGCUGGUCGCCGGCGGCAGCCGCAAGCGCUGGAUCAUCGCCACGGAGACCAUGGAGGCGGGAGACGUGAUCCGGUCGUCCAGCGCCAUCGGACGCAUGGCGGUUCUGGCCAAAGAGGGAGACUCCCAUCCGCUCGGAGCUCUUCCCAUCGGCACACUCAUCAACAACCUGGAGCUGCUGCCCGGGAGAGGAGCGCAGUACAUCCGCGCCGCAGGGACCUGUGGGGUGUUGCUGAGGAAGGUCAACGGCACAGCCAUCGUUCAGCUGCCGUCCAAACACCAGAUCCAGGUGUUGGAGACGUGUGUGGCUACAGUGGGCCGAGUGUCUAACGUGGACCACAACAAGCGCAUCAUCGGGAAGGCGGGUCGGAACCGCUGGCUGGGCAUCCGGCCCUCGAGCGGCCGCUGGCAGAGGAAGGGCGGCUGGGCGGGGCGCAAGAUCAGACGCCUGCCGCCCAUCAAGAGCUUCGUCACGCCCGCGCAAUAAACUGAGCGUCGCAGUAACA